AUACAUACCCACGGACUUACAUACAUACAUACAUAUAUUUAUAAUUAAUUCCCAAAUCAAGUGGAAAAGCCAAAUCAUAUCGAAGCAUAUUACUCAUACGCGUUCAUCUGCGUAGCAAAGAUAAUAAACAAAGAAAUACAUACGUUCAGCGGCAAGAAAAUACACUUUCUGCAGCUUUUAAUUGCAUUUUCUUAAUUAAACGAUAUUAAUCUUUAGCAAGAAAAGAUGAGUGACCUACAACAUAUAACGUUACAAAUGGAUAAACUACCACCUAAUCAAGCAAACGAAAAUGAUGCACAUGACGGACGGAAUAAUCUACGCAUACCUCGUGCAGUUCCCGAAUUGGAUGAUGAAGAAUUCGACGACCGUCCAUUAGUUAAAAAUGGAAAUCCUGGUGUGGACGAUGGCUUAUUGGGUACAGGUGACUCGAGAGGAAACGGUGGCAAUAUACCUAACGGUGGUGUUGCUGGGAACAAUGGUCGACGACCCAGUUAUGCAUUUCCCGGAUACAAUGGUCCCGGUUUUGUCAACAUCAAUGGCGUAGAGACACCCAUACCAGAUGUGAAUGCCUAUCAGCAUAAGAAGACAUUGGCACAGGGCAUGAUGGAUUUGGCCCUGCUCUCGGCCAAUGCCAAUCAAUUGCGUUAUGUGCUGGAGACAAGUCAACAAACGAAUCCAUACUUUUAUCCCAGUCUUUUGUUCAUAUCGUUAAGCAUCAUAUUUCAAGUUGCAGUCGGUGUUGGCCUUAUAUGGAACGGUCGGUACAAUAUCAAGAAUGAGCAAGAGAUUUGUCGGGCAAAUAAGAUCAACAACUACACGGUUAUUGGUGUGUUUAUUGUAACCGUUGUGAAUGUAUUAAUCUCAGCAUUUGGUGUGACACCAAGUCCGGCAGUUACAACAACAUAAAAACACACAUUACACACUAUCGUUUAAUUCAUUCAAAUCAUAAAAGUCCUUUACUACAUCUAUGUUUACUUGUAUUAUUUUUAAUUGUGAUAGAAUAUUAAAUUAGUAUCCAAUAAUAAUA